AUGGCCUUCACAGUGGAAUCAGAGAGCGCGUCCGAUGUCGAAGAGCAGUCCAGGACAUGGCAGUCAGAUCAUCUGGUCGCCCCUAGGCUCACCGAUGAUGCCAGUAGCGCUCCACAGAGUGACUGCGGCAUCGGACAUCGCGUGGUGGCCAGUCGAUCGGUCUUGGCUCUGGUGUUGGACGAAGAGUGUGUAUUCGCCGGUCUUCAAGGCGGCGACAUUGUGGCGUGGUCCCUUGAGACAUAUGAACUGGUGCUCUCGGUGCAUGCCCACAAAGAGAGCGUGCUCGGUCUCUACCUUUCUGAAGACGGCACUCUACUAUUCUCCAGCGGAGGGGACUCCGUUGUGAAUGUGUGGUCAACCAAAACAUUCGAACGACUCUACUCGAUCCAUUCGCAUCACGAUGUCGGUGAUAUCUCCACCGUCGUCUACUCAAUGACCAACCAAACCAUGUACUGCGGUGCGCAAAAUACCAGUAUCCAGUGGUGCGAUCUCUCUGAAGCAAGCUCGACUGUCAACCAAGCGCCAUCUGCACAUCCAGCAAAUCGUACCCACCGCUUCUUCGACUCGCGAGGACCCGAUGGCACUCAGCCUCCGAGUUCAUCGGAUGGCAUGCAUUCCGUCUCUCACGGUGGUCGCGUGUUAACAUUCAAGCGCGACCAUCAUCAGCUAUUCUCGCAUCAUGGCUACGUCUACUCCAUGCUCCUGGUCAAGGGUCUCAUCGAAUCUGCUCCAUCCGAAGAGGCACUGUUGACUGGUGCUGGUGAUGGUGUGGUUAAGCUAUGGCGUUUGGGCCGUGAACCCGGCGCAGCGCCUACUCAAAUAGCGAAAUUUCAAAAUGGAGACUCGGUACUAUCCAUUGCUGUGGAGGGGCCACUGCUUUACUGCGGUCUUGUAGGGGGUGCUCUCAAUAUUUGGAACCUCGACUCCAAUCAGCUGGUGAAACGGAUUACCAGGCAUACGGGCGAUUUGUGGGCAGUCGAUAUCAUCCAGGGGGUGGCCAUUUGUGGUGACUCCAGUGGAACUGUGAAGAAAUUCAAUUCGCGGUUUGAGGAAAUUGGUGGCUGGGUCGCUCAUGAAGGUACCAUGCUCGCCUCUGCUGCCGGCCGGGUGAAGGAUCGACGGAUAUAUGCCACCGGUGGAAACGACAACACAGUAGGGAUCUGGGACUUGACCGAGUUCUUCUUAACUCAGGAGGAACUUCCCCCGAUCAGCAAUGAUGAAAUGGUCAAUAGCCUCGCCAAGUUUGUUUCAUUCAAGACGGUCUCUGCCAGUCCGAAGUUUACGGGGGAAUGCAACCAAGGCGCCGCUUUCCUCCGUCGACACUGCAAUUACCUCGGCGCUCACACGAAGCUCCUCACCACGGGCCCGAAUACCAACCCUAUUGUUUAUGCCCGAUUCAAUGCUACCUCAACCAACAAAGUGGAUAAAACGAUCCUCUUUUACGGGCACUACGACGUCGUGGGUGCUGAUGCGAAUCGCCCAAAAUGGAAGACAGAUCCAUACCAGCUCGCUUCAAUUAAUGGCUUCCUCUACGGGCGAGGAGUGUCCGACAACAAGGGCCCCAUUUUGGCAGCCUUGUAUGCGGCAGCAGACCUAGCUCGAACUAAAUCACUCCGCUGCAACGUUGUAUUCUUGAUUGAAGGAGAAGAAGAAUCAGGAUCUCAGGGUUUCCACCAGACUGUCCGGGAACACAAGUCUCAGAUCGGGCCCGUGGAUUGGAUUCUUUUGGCGAACAGCUACUGGCUGGAUGACUACAACCCGUGUUUAACGUACGGGUUGCGCGGCGUGGUACAUGCCAAUCUGGUGGUUACUAGCGACCACCCCGACCUCCACAGCGGUAUUGAUGGCAGUGCUUUGCUAGAUGAACCGAUGAAGGACAUCUCCAUACUCUUGUCCACGCUCGUUGGACGCAAAGGCCAGGUCAACCUGCCUGGUUUCCGUGACUCUGUCCGCCCGCUUUCGAGCGCUGAGCAGAAACGCUUCCAGGCCAUUGCCGACGUUCUGCUGCCACAGCACCCGGAAAUUCCAGAUAGUCAGGCAUUGAUCAAGUCGCUCAUGUACCGUUGGCGUGAGCCGUCGCUGACUGUGCACUCGGUCGAGGUUCCCGGCAGCAAGAAUGCAACCACGACCAUUGCACGCCGCGCCAAAGCGAGCCUUUCAAUUCGAAUCGUCCCUGACCAGCAGGCCGACGAUGUCGCCGCAGACCUGACAGCCUACGCACAGGAACAAUUUGCGCUCCUGGAGUCUCAGAAUGACCUGACCGUGGAGAUCACCGGCAAAUCCGAUGCAUGGCUUGGAGAUCCGGACAACCAGAUCUUCGCCACACUAUCCGACGCCAUCACCGAGGCAUGGACACAAGAUCAGCAAAGUUUCAAACACCAGUAUCCCCCGGUGAACCCGUCCACCACCACCGGACAGUCCGCAUCCAAACCCAAUCCCGCCGCAAGACUCCUCCGCAGCGACUCGUCCGACAGUCUAGCCUCGCACAUCGACCGCGUCAUCACCUCAACAACCACCUCCUCCUCCAACAAAGAAGCCGCCCGCAAAGGCUCCGCCCAACCAACAGCCAUAGUCCCAACAUCAUCAACACUCACCCAGUCCGCAUCAAAUGGAGGGGGAGGAUCCGACGAAUCUACCACCACCUUGCCCGUGCGAGCGAAAUCUGACCCCCAACCUUCCGCAAAAACCGCCCCCGCCCCUUCGUCAUCUUCUGCUCAGUCGACUGCACGACAAGCUGUGAAACCAAUGUUCAUCCGUGAGGGCGGUUCAAUCCCGACUAUCCGCUUCCUGGAAAAGGAGUUCUCGGCUCCCGCUGCGAAUCUGCCCUGCGGUCAGGCUAGUGAUAAUGCCCAUCUGGAUAAUGAGCGCAUGCGCGUUGAGAACUUGUAUAAGAGUCGGGAGAUCUUUCGGUAUGUGUUUGCGAACUUGGUGGAUAAGGCAUGA